AUGGCUUGCACAGCUUCAGAAGCCAUCCUCCUCGUGGUGGUACUCUCCAUGUUGGCCGUCUCUUCCGCCGUAAGUGGCUGGGAUCAGAUGCUAUUCCCGUCCCCUCCGCCGCCGCAAAUUAGUUCCGACAUGAUCGCCGCCGUCUCUUCCGCCGGUAGUGGUUGGAAUCAGUACCUGUUUCCGUCCCCUCCGCCGCCACAAAUUAGUCCCAAGAACAAGAAGAUCAUGGUCGGUGGCUCUGAGAAUUGGCGUUUCGGCUUUGACUACAAUAAUUGGGCACUGAAAAAUGGACCUUUUUACAUAAACGACACCCUUGUUUUCAAGUACGAUCCUCCCAACAGCACAACAUUUCCUCAUAGUGUGUACUUGCUUCCAAACUUGGGGAGCUUUUCCGAGUGUGAUUUGAGGGCGGCUCAAAAGGUGGCGAAUUGGACGCAAGGAGGGGGAGAUGGCUUUGAAUUUGUGCUUCAACAAUCCAAGCCAUACUACUUUGCCUGUGGAGAACGUAACGGCUUUCAUUGUAAAGUUGGAACCAUGAAGUUCUCUCUUACCCCACAACUUCCUCAUUAG